GGUUGGGAAACGCACAGCACACAGCAUGUACGCUCAAAUCUCGAUGCCACGGAGAUUACCAAGGGUUUUGCUCUCAGAGGAAGUUCGUCAGGUCUGAUGUUUCCCCAACAAGCGACACCGGGGAGAGAAUGCAGCUUCUCAUUUAUACAACUUUCUUGGGAUUUUUCCUCAGAACAGGUGUUGCUCUGCAGAUCCAGUGCUACCAGUGUGAGGAGGUCAAGCACAAUGAUUGCUCCAGCCCGGAGUUCAUCGUCAACUGCACAGUCAACGUGCAGGACAUGUGCCAGAAGGAGGUGCUGGUGAGGGAGGACGGUGUGCACUACCGCAAGUCCUGUGCCUCGUCGGGGGCCUGCCUCAUCGCCUCGUCCGGCUACCAGCAGUUCUGCACAGGGAAGCUGCACUCUGUCUGCAUCAGCUGCUGCAACACGCCCCUCUGCAACGGGCCGCGACAGAAGAAGCGCCCCAUCCCAUCAUCGGCGGCGGCCAACCGAUUCCUCACCUUCCUGGGCUUGCUCCUUACUUUGCCGCCCGCUCUUCACCCAUAGAGACCGCACCGUGGUCUCUUUGGGGUUUUGUUACGGAGAUGCUGUGUGUUGAGGAUGGAGCGUACAUGUACUUUGACCUUUCGCAUUUUUUAUUCAUUCGCUCUGAUGUUAUUUUUAGCUUUGCUGUUCCCAUGCAUGUACAAAGCCUCAAUGCAGCUCAUGUUUCAGCACUGUACAACUAAAUUCCAUGUCAGACUUUAGCUCAGAGGGGAAAAAGGAGUUCACAUAAAAAGAUGGCCUUGUGAUGAACAGCAUACUGACAGGUGUUGAGCAACAUUUUGAGUACAUGCUGGGAACUUUGAAAAGCCACAUUUGCGCCUUUGUAUGGCAGUGAUGAUUUCAGGGAAGUUUCUGCUGUCAUUCCGUUGGUGACACUGUUUGACAGGAACACCAUGGGGAAGGGGUUUUCAAGAGACUGCAGUAGGAAAGAUAUAAUAAUGAUAAAAUCAACACAGCACUUGCAGGACACUUAUAUUGGUUCAUCACAAUGAGUUUUAUUUAGCAAAAAGUAAAAAAAAAAAAAAAGAGUAAAUAUAAAGCCAGAAACAUAACUAUUUGUAUUUUAACAUUGUGGCUCCAGUUUAGUGACAUCUUAUAGUAGGUCUAGCUUUGUGUAGCAACAUGGAGGAUAAGAUUACUGUAUUUGACAAGGUUGAAAAUUUCAUGCGGCUAUUUACUGUGAGAAGGUUGGUCUGCUCAUAGAAUUUUUUGUUACUCACAAUCCCCUUGACUUUGCUUAAGUGACAAGUUUGAAAUCCGGUGUCUCACUGAAUUUUGCUGUGUGUCCACUAGAAUAAGAGUUUAAAUGGGAAGACUAUGACUGGAAAAUAAACUUUUUAUUGUUUUUACAAAGACACUUUUUUCAGAUUGUGCUAAAUUUUUGUAAACGUGAGCAGUGUUGCUAUUAUUACAACAUUUCACCGGGGAGUGCUAAAAACGAAUACAUCACUGGUUAUUGCACUAGCAUAAAAAGCUUUGAAAGCAUUUUUAGCAUUAUAAUGUAUGUCCAGUGUGCUUUAUUAUGUUUUUCAAACGAUCCUUCAGCACUGGAGGGAGAAGGAUAAUGACCAGCUCAUGAAAUUUUUUGCACUGAGUAGUUUGAAUAGGUUAUUCAUGUCAAGCUCGAAGGGCACCAAUGGUUGCUCUGUGUCCUUGAAAUGAUCAUUUUUCCUAUAUAGCCUGUAACCUUCACAGGAUCUUUAUAAAUCAGUAAAUGCCUGUUGCCCCAAAUACAAGGCUUGCUGAAAUGCUACCCAUGCCUUUUUUUUUUCUCCCCAAUUUGGAAGGGCCAAUUCCCUGAAUUCUGGAAUG